AUGCUUCUAGUCUUGAAGAAAUGGGGCUCCCUGAUGUUCUUCCUGCUGAUAGCAUCUCGUAUGAUUGUAAGCGAAACCUCUGAGAAUCCUCGGCACAAGAAGUUUCUAAGGGAGCACCAAGACUUCCCCCAAACCAAAGUUGUGGGUCAGGAUUAUUGCAUGGUUAUGAUGCUACAAAGGGGCAUGACCAGGCCCUGCAAAACCACCAACAGUUUUGUCCAUGCUCCUCAUAACCAGCUGAAGGAUGUUUGCAGCUGGGCUGGGACCCAUUAUCGUAGAGCUUUACGGCUCAGCAAAGCAGCCUUCUCAGCCACCACCUGCAACCUGCAGGGAAUAUCACAAGGCCAGUGUCGUUAUUCAUCUCAGACAGGACAACGGCAAAUCCUUAUCAACUGUGAUUCUUCUGGUUGGCCUGUCCAUUUUGAAGAGAGCAACUUCAUGUAG